UCGGCUCCUCUGCUCGUGCCGCGCGGCAAGCCAGGCUGCGCGAGGAGGAGGCGGAGGAGGAGGCGGAAUGUCCCAGGGAGGGAGCGGGGAUGUGUAGCCACACGCCGCCCCUGGCAGCCGGCCUGAGCAUGCACCCAGGAGGAGGAGGAGGAGGAGAGGUUCGCGCAGGCAGCUCGGCCGCGGCGGCGCCUCCCGAACCCCGCCGCGCCGCGGAGCCCCCUCUCCGCCCAUGCCCGCGCUAGUCCCGCGCCGCCGGCCGGGCCACUCCAAGGGGACACCCCCGGGGCGCAGAAAGGAACCGUCCCCGCGAACGCCGAGGUGACUCUCUCGGUGGGGCCACACUGACCAUGCUCAGGAGCUUUUGUCUUCAGCUCAUGUCCUUGCUUUGGAUCCUGGUGGCCCAUCACCAUUUUGCUCAAGGUGAUGACUGUAGUGACCAUUGUAAUUUGGCUCAUGGCAGCUGUGAAAAAGAUGGCAAAUGCAGAUGUGACCCAGGCUGGGAUGGGGUAUCUUGUGAGCAGUGUGUGAGGAUGCUGGGCUGUAUCCAUGGAACAUGCCACCAACCCUGGCAAUGUAUCUGUCAAAAUGGCUGGGCUGGCAAGUUCUGUGACAAAGAUGUGCACAUUUGUGAGCACCAGCCUCCAUGUCAGAACGGAGCCCAGUGCAUCUACGAUCGUGAUGGGGAAUAUUCAUGCCUGUGUCUUGAAGGAUUCCAUGGGAAGGACUGCGAGCUGAAGACAGGGCCAUGUGAGAAGUCAGGGUUUCCGUGCAAGAAUGGUGGGCUGUGCCAGGAUAAGAAUGGCUUUGCUAGCAACUACACCUGCAAGUGCCUUGCCGGAUUCACUGGUGUGCAUUGCGAGAUUGAUGUGGAUGACUGCCUGAUGCAGCCCUGUGCCAAUGGUGCCACCUGCCUCGAUGGCAUGAACCGUUUCUCCUGCCAAUGCCAGGCUGGCUUUGAAGGCCGUUUCUGCACUAUCAACAUUGAUGACUGUGCCAACCAGCCUUGCAGAAAUGGGGCCAAGUGUUACGACCGCAUCAAUGAUUUUGAUUGCUUAUGCCCUGAGGGCUUUGUUGGCAAGACCUGUGAGCUCCCUGCACCAGAACCAACAUGGGUCACUGCAUUUGAGCCUGGUGACAAGGACCACGAUAAUGCUGUGACCAGCAUUGACCUUUGGACAGCCCAGUCUGAUCCUGCAAGGACUGUAGUUACUGGGAAAAGAAUCACUAACUACAGUGAGAAAUCAAAUGGGGGAGGGCUCCUCAUCUCUGUGAAAGAGGUGGUGACCCAGCAGGACUCAGGGCUGAGCCAGUCGCAGCUCAUUUUACUGCUGGUGUUUGGCCUGCUCACUAUGCUUUUGGUCUUUGUAACUGUCUUGAUGGUUCUGCUCAAGAACUGGCAGAGAGGGAAUCAGAGGUGCCAGAGCCCAUCCCAGUCUGCAAGGAAACUUCAGGACCAAGAGUGUCAAGUGGGAAUGUUAAGUACAGUCUUGGUAGAACCCAGGAAAACAACAGAGCUGUAAGGCUUCCCAGGCUGGAGCCUGGUGGAUCUAUAUACACUCACCAAUGAUUCAAUGAGCUGUAUCCUGGGGGCUGUUCCAGGUUGUGCAUCUUGAGAGCUUUGAAGAACUUAAUGUUGUGAAACAGUGGCAAAGAAGAUGUCCACAAGGUGGUAAACCCCUGUCUGAAAACAGAGAUUUCAGAGGUAUGCAGCUUAAGCCCCUGGCAUAUGAUAUCACAUUACCAAGGCAGCCAAGGCAUUAACUGGGUUCGGAGAAUGGCCCAGUGCUGGAAACCGUAUGCAAGCAAAAUGGAUGGAGACCAUCCCACGUGCACUUAAAAGGAGUUGCUAGAACAUGGCCAGGUGUGCCAUAACAGGAUGUAAGGGGUGAACUUUGAUUAGACCCUCAGACAUCUGGUUGGUUCCUCUUGGUCAGAGUCAUUGGAGGUGUCAUGUGGCCUGACAACUCAAGGGAUCUUAGAAACUUCUCCGUAUAUGUCUCAUUGUUAGAGUUCUGGCACAGACAUCAUAGGAUUUCCCAUUCUGCCUAGAAGCCUUUGGUGUUUUUGAAUCACCAUAAGCUUAACUGAGGGCCUAAUGUUUCCACUAGCCAGUCUGCAGAUUAUACUGGUGAAUCAGGACCAUGUCUCGCCUGUUCUGUCCUUUCUUCUUCUGGCUGAAAAUGUUUUGAACUGUGUGUCCUUUCUGUUCUUUACCAACCUAACACCUCAUUUAUUCAGUUAUGAUAUCAGUCGAGAAGGGGCAAAAAUAUAUACAGGCCCAAUGCCCUUUCUCCGUUUAAGAUAACUGGUGUGUCUUUCCACUUGCCAGAAAGGAAAUGCAUGUGUUAUAUGAAGUUGGAAAUUGAAGUCUGGUUUAAUGAGUAGCAAUCCCAGUUCUAAAAAAACUUUGCUGAGAGAUCAGAUUUUGGAGUGACCCCAAAACAACCAUGAUAGCACUUACCAGUCCAACUGAAAUGAUGGUGUGGGGUGUUUGCUGGCUCCAGAACCUGUGAUCACUUUAGUGGAGACAAAAUACAUAUAUAUGCAAAGUUAUAUUGAAAUUCUGAGACAAAACAUGGUUUCAAAAUGCCACUUCAAAAAACUUCCUUGUGUUGCACUGUUACAUGUAUUUGCAGUCAUUUGUUCACCCAACUUUUCCAGAACACUGAAAGCUGCUUUAUACCAAAUCAACCAAUUGGUUCUUCUAGUUCAAUAUUUUCCACACUAAUCUUGUAGCAGCUUGCUAGCAUUUCACAUCAGAGUCCUUACCUGGAUAUAUCAAAGUUUGAACCCAAGUCGCCCGAGGAUGAGAAGGGCAAUAUACAAAUGCAGUAAAUAAAUAGUAAUAAAUAAUGAACCUGGGACCUUCUGUGUGCAAAGGAUGUGCUCUACCGUUGAGCAACCUACUCCCCCCUCCUUUCCAAUUGUUAAUGAAGGUGGUGAUGUAAUGAACCAGAUCUAGAUAUUCAUUCUGUUGGCAGUGUGCACCUUUUUCAGUAAAGUCUACCCCACUUUGACUGUUCAUACUGGUCCUUGAGACAGAAGUCUCAGUCCCCUCCCUUUCUCUGCCUGAGCCCCAAGACUGUAGCUAAGAACAGAGUUUUCUCACUGAUCCGAAUUAUUCUUUUUAUCUCCCCCCCCCCCAUAUUAAGAAUAAAUUAAGACCCCAGUUCCAUGUCCAAGAAGCAAAAUAUUAUGUAUUUGGAAAUACAAUUUGAGCUACUCAAAAGGAUAGGGAAGGAUGGGGAUUUCACCAGAAAUAUUAUUUUUGUAAUACACAUUUGAUGAAUGGUGUAACUUUGUAAAAUAAAUACAACAACUAAAAUACAAGAA